ACUUCAAAGGCAAGGCUGGAGCGGGCAGGGCGUCCGAUGGAGCUGUGGUGUCUGUGUUCAUAGUGGGGGAGGUGGACGAGAUGGCCUUCAGAGUCCCUUCCAACUCUACGGGUUCUGUGGCUCCAUGAUUCUUUGCCCUGGGCUAUGAAUGGAUGCAGUAUUUGAUGUGAUCCAUUCUCUAUGCAACAUGUGAGCAUAACCCAAUGUUUUUGGCCUGCGCCCCUACAAGCUUCUGAGGGUACAGGCACAGUUCUAAAGGCCGCCCAUUGUGUGUCAUCAGUGACAUCACAAAGGGUGAGGGCAGCCUAGGUAAUAGCCAAGGGAAAGCCAGAACAGUCGCAGGAGCGACAGCGACAGGAGCACAGGGACCUUCAAGGCUUCUUGAGCACAAGGACCUUCAAGGCUUCUUGAGCACAGGGACCUUCGAGGCUUCUUGAGCACAGUCCACUUCUCGCCAUGCCACUUCCGCCUGCCCGUAAGAGCCGGCGAAUCUACCUUUCCUUCUCCCCUCCCUUUGCCAGCUCUGGUUCUCAGUCUGGUGAGACGGAGGUGAGACCCCCCUGCAGGCCAAGGUUGGCUUGGCAGGAAUGGCCUCCUGAAAAGGAGGAGAAGGAGAAGAAAAAGAAGAUCACAAAUCCACGUAUUCGCAUCUUGGAGCUGUGGAGAGAAACAGCCAUCGCAUGCAUCUGUGAGUUUCUGCAGAGAAAGGACAAGGAUGUGCAAGAGAAAAUCAAAUUCCUGAGAGGCAUCUGCACGCUGUGCAAAUGCAGGGACACGUCGCUCAACUUGGAUGCUUUCUGCCAAGAAAAGCAGCUGGCAGAGAAUGUCCAGGCGCUGAUCGAUGAGGAGCCCAAGCACACUUUGUCCUCGGAGAUAAAGCAGGAAGCCAUGAUGAGCUUUGCCAACAUGAGCACUGUGGAGACAGCGCUGGAAGGCAAAACGGAGAGCAUUCUGAAUUCCUGCUUCAACAGUGUCUUCUUUUUGCCUCCGGAACUGAGCAUACCAGCAAAGGAGAAAGAACUCUACAAUGAGACCAUGAGGGCCAUGGACAUCAUGCUGGAAGCCUUGGUGCAGAACUGCCCCAACAGGAGAAUGAGCGAGGAGCUGCACAGCAUGUUUCAGGCUCUGCUCCACUUCCUCAGCUCCCAGGAUGUGCAUGUCCGUACGAGAGCCCUGCGUGGGGUUUUACAGAUGAUCCGUAAUUUUAUGGAAAAAGACUGGGAGGGCCCUGAAGCUUACAAGCCACUCAUUGACUUCUACUUCCCAAUCCUGGGAGAGCUGCUGGGUCACCUCAGCCUUUUCAACUGUGGCUACGAAAGCACCAGAGCCCCAGCUGUACAAGCGCUUCAUCGCCUCCACAUGUUUGUCAAACGACAAAGAAGAACAAGCCUGUCAGCGGAGAUGGAAAACUACGUGCAUCUCCAUGAGGAGCCGGAGGGUAGAAAGUUCAGAGAUAAUGACUUUCCCACUCCCAAAGAUUGUGCUGAGUUGUUUGGAGGAUACCUCAGGCCUGCUGAGAGGAUGGACGUCGUCCUCACAGCCCUUCAAGCGCUGGUUGACUCCAGCAUCUAUGACAAGGAGGCGGCCUGCAGUGUGAUGGCCGUGGCCAUGGAAGACCACGCCUUCUGGAUGCCAGAUAAAGCCCAGUUCAUGACCUUCAUCCGCAAGAACUUGAGGAGCAUCACCACAAAGGCAGCGCGGCACUGCCUGGACUCCCUGCUGCUCCUUCUGACCAGCCAGAUGCCCACGGAAGAAGUCAGGAGCCUGCUGAAGUCCUCUCCACCAAGCGACAGCAACGCCCUGGACCCGUGGGAGGUGAUGCUCUGCAUGCCGCAGACCUUGGAGAAGGUCUUGAAGGAGGUGACCAAGGGCUCACAGCUGAGCAGGCUGGUAGAAGGAGUCACAGAAGACACCUGUAUCCUCUUCUUGGCUCUAAUGGCAAAGAGUGAAGAUAAUGAGGACUUUUUUGGUGACCUGCGCCACCUCAAGACUUUUCUGAAGCAUCCAAGCGUGGAGAUGCACAGCGUGGUGCUCAGAGGGCUUGUCGUACUCUCCGAGACACGGGAGAAGGCAAGAAAAAUGCGGGUGGUGCUGCCAGAGAUCAUGGCCACCCUGCAGGAUGCCAGCGCAGACAUCAAGAUGAAGGCCCUGUUUGUCAUUCAAAACAUCAUGGGCUGCGUGAAGAGGAAGGAGGCCAGCUCCAUCGCCGUGCAGCACGCCGAGAAGCUCCUGCCUCUCUUUGUCGAUGAGUCCAGUGCCGUGCAGGUGUCCUCCAUCCGUCUCUACAGAGACAUGGUGCAGGCCGUGGUCUGGUGCCACCGGAGCAGAAUGAAGGGGACGGUGCGCAGAGGCCUGGUCCCACUGCACCUUCGGAUGCACGAUGAGAACCAGGACGUGGCCCAGGCUGCCAGGGGAGCCAUUGUACAAACGGCCCGUCUCCUGCGCUGGAACGACCUCCUGGAGCUGGCUGAGAAACAGGAGACGUGGAGGAUCGCGCAGUGCUUGCUGCAGCGGGACCAGAGCAGGGCAGAGGAAUACCUGCAGCAGAGCCAGCCCUACCUGCAGGACCCUCAGGCCGCCGUGCGAGUGGAGGCCGUGAGGUUCAUUGGGCUUGCUGCACGCUACUCAAGGGACCUGAGCGAGAAGCAGCGACAGGACAUCAUCACGGCCCUGGCGCCUUUGGCCCGUGACGCGGAGAGCUCGGUCCAAAGCUUGGCAGUGCAGACCACAUUGAUCCUCAGAGCGACCACGAGGACAGCGACAUCACGACGGGGCCUGCGAGCGCUGUGCUGUCUGUUCCGCUGAGCUGCAGCACUCCUGAGACAGCUCUGUCCCUCGGAGGAGCACAGCAAACCCAGUGCCCUGCUGCCCUUCUCCCUGGGGCGUCCCUGC